AAGAGUUACAAGAACACAGCUGAAGAGUUCAAUCAAACCAUCAACAGCUUACAGGACAGUUACACUGAUUUAACACAGAACAAAAUCAAGUUAGAAAGCAAAGUCAGGUCUCUGAGUGAUGAACUGAAGAAGGCAGCAUCAAAAGGAGGUUGGUUCUUCAUGUCCACUGAGUUGAAGAGCUGGUCUGACAGCAGACAGUACUGCAGGGAUCGUGGUGCUGAUCUGGUCAUUAUCAACUCUGAAGAGAAGCAGAGGUUCAUAUCUUCAUUAGUCAGUGAGAGUGCGUGGAUUGGUUUGUCUGACACAGAGAACGAGGGCAUCAUGAAAUGGGUGGAUAAUUCACCACUGAAUCAAGGGUUUUGGUUCAAGGGUGAGCCAAAUAACUUUGGUGGAGAUGAGGACUGUAUUGAACUGAAUCCUGAAAAAGACAACCGGAACAACUGGAAUGAUCGGUCAUGCUCUGACACGAGAAAAGGGAUUUGUGAGAAAUAGGGUUCAUCUAGUCUUGUCAUGCUUUUACUUGUAUUACCUUAUGGAAUCAUUCUUAUUGUGACAUGAGAAUGUAUAAUAUCCGAUUGAGGUUCCAGUCCAAUGAACUGCUUUCAAAUGAAAGGGUACUAUUGCACACCAAACCUCUGAUGUGUGCAAUGUCUUGCUCUAUUAUAGCAGCAUGUUAAUAUGUCCAGGAUCCAUGUUAAUAUAUUAAGUGUCUGUGGAACUGCUUUUGAUAUGCAUUGCUUUCUUUCUUAAUAAAAUUGU